AUGGUAAACUUGUUAGUUUGCUGUACAGGGAGUGUGGCGACGAUCAAACUACCCGUCAUAUUGGAACUGUUCAAAUUGCAUAGAAAUGAAUUAGAUGUUAACAUAAAAGUUUGCCUCACAGAGAAAUCGAGACAUUUUUCCCCCAAUGAACUCGGCGUUCAGUCAUUCACCGAUUCAGAUGAAUGGGAUUGUUGGAAUGGUAGAGGCGAUCCUGUACUUCACAUCGAUUUGACCAAAUGGGCUGAUGUACUCCUCAUUGCCCCUCUCGAUGCUAACACUCUCGGGAAAAUUGCCAGCGGGAUUUGCGAUAACAUGGUCACAUGUGUGGUGCGCGCUUGGGAGAUUUCCAAGCCGUUAUUCUUCUGCCCUGCCAUGAACACAAAAAUGUGGAACCAUCCAAUAACUGGCACACAGAUAUCUUUGCUGAAGUCUUGGGGCUACUAUGAAAUACCGUGCAUCUCUAAAACCCUGAUGUGUGGCGAUGUUGGGCUAGGUGCGAUGGCUGAACCGCAGCAAAUUGUUGAUACAGUGUUGAACUUUAUUAGAUUAAAUAACUGA